GUGACCCGACACUUACUGUUGCUGGUGGCGCGUCACGUGAGCGCCGCUCCGGGCGACGGCGUUCGUGUCUCCAAGGGCAACGGCCGGCGGGCGGGGCCAUGGGGGAGGCGGGCGGCGCGCGCGACCCCGAGCAGCUGCGGCUGGAGCUGGGGCAGGAGGAGCGGAUGAUGGACAUGCUGGAACUCUCAAUAUUUGAAUUGAAAAACACAGUAAUGGAGCUGGAAAAACAACUUGGCAGUGUUGAGGAUGAAGGCAAUGAAUGGAAAACUAGAUAUGAAACACAAGUUGAACUAAAUGGACAGCUAGAAAGGCAAAUUGGUCUCCUUCAGGAAAAGAUGGACCAUAUUCAUGGAAAUCCAACAGAUAGAUUGUCCUCCAUUCGCUUCUUUGAUCAAAUGCCUGUGGGCUCCUUAAAUCAGUUUGUUAAACAACUAGAAAAAGAGAAGAAAAGUCUCCAAAGCCAACUGAAAGAUUAUGAGCUCAGACUGGAACAAGAAGCAAAGGCUUACCACAAGGCCAAUGAUGAGAGACGUAAAUACAUAGCAGAGAUUUCACAGACAUCAGCUGUACUUAAAGUUGCUGAAAGACAGAAACUGGAUGCAGUGCCCAACAAAAGAGAGAAUCAGAUACUAAGAGGAAGAUACAAUGUUCAAGGAAACAAGAGAAUAUUGGAUCCCAAGAAAGGACCAAUUAAAAAGACAGCAGGAGUGAAGAAACUUCCAAAACUAAAACAGUGAACAAAUAUUCUUAAUAAGAACUUCCAAUUGCUUCUUUUGUUGUUUUUAAACUGAAACUGCCUUCAUUAAAACUGAACACAAUUAUUUUGGGCAAAUUCAAACUAAAAUAGCCACUAAUGGAUCUUUGUUUCCCAGUAACUUCAUCAGUCACUGUUCUAAGGAAAAAGUGCUCCCUGUGUAGUAGUCUCUCUCUGAAUUCUCAGCUGUGGCCCUUGACAAACUGAUUGCUGUACAUGAAAAGUUAGCUCCUACAAAAUCAAGUCAGGUGGCUCAGAGAAUUGGUUAACCAUCAUAAGAACGGUAGAUUUUUCUCCCCUUGACUGUACAGUCAGUUAUGAAAAAUAGCUCCUUUCUGAGCUCUCUAUUAGGGAGAUUAAGAGGAUCUAUGUGGAUUCAAAGAGUAACUUUACCACCUAAAUCCAGUAAGCCUAUGAGAAGAAUCCUUAUUUUGCAUAGGAGUGAUCAGAGUGUGUCCCCUCUGCCUUAGUCAUAGGAUGGCAGAAGUUUCCUUCACAGCCCUUAGAGCUCUUAACUGAGCACUACUUAAGCGAGACCAAGGUUGGAGCCAGUCUGUCAUUCCACCUACAGCCUUGAAGAAGAGUUUUUCUGUCAGGUUGUGUUAGAUUUUCCAAGCUGCCUGGUUCUUUCAGAUUGACUCUAGGACUGUCACUGGCCACACUAAAGGGCACUGAAAGAAGUGAUAUUUGUUGCACAUUUGGCCCCUUGAUGGCAUGGCUGUAGAGGCUUUGACAGAAAUGUAAGUUUACUGAAUGCUUUAAAAGUGCCUGAUGGCUUGACAAAUUGACCUUCAUUUAAUGUAGGUACAGAUGAAGGCGCCCCAAAGCAGAACACCUUCAUUAACUUCUGUUUGUGUGCAUGAGCAGAGCUGGGUUGAUGUAGCCCAGCCCCACCCCAGUGCUUUCUGCAGCAUGGGAGCUGGGGCAUGGUGGAGGAGAAGGAGCUCUGGUAUGGGGUUUACCCAUCUUGAACUUUUGGGGGGGUGUUUGGAACCCUCCUGAGGUGAGGGACUCCAGUCCACCCACCCUGCCUUU